AUGGGCUCCGUCGCAGUAACGUGCAAACGGGCGAACGACAAUCGCGAUUGGCUGGCAAGCUGAAUCUCCCACAUGGCUCAUAGUUCCACAACUGAUCCUCCUGCGGCAGUUCUCUACCAACUUAAGAAGCAUUGGAUCAGAACUUAUCCACCUCCCAUACCGACCCGAAAAUCACACGACUUAUCAGGGGUAUUCUCCAGUCAGCUUGGGCGUCUGAAACAUUCACUGACUGCUAUACUGGCCAUUUUGGAUGUGUGUCUUUCGGCGAUUCCCAUGCGCUUGAUUCACGUCGUCUAUCCCCUGUUGGUGGGCAUAUUCUACUCUCUAUUCAGUUAUGUGUUCUGGCUCAGUGGAGGUAUAGGUCCAUUCAAUGUGGGCCAAGUGUACCCCGGACUAAAUUGGUCUCAUCCGAGCACUGCAAUUUUGACCUGUCUGUGCGUCAUUCUAGUCUCGUUCUUGGUUCAGAUACUUCUCUAUCUGAUCUAUUAUGCGCGUGUCAGGCUUAGCCAAAAAUUGAAGGGUCGAGAAUUUACUCUUCCACUCGGUCCCGUGAAAUCUGGUUAUGGCGAAUUGGGGGACACUGAUCCCGGAGAUUUGGACAAUCCAGAGGAUCUAAUCAGUGUAAACUCGAUGAGCACGUGUGUGGGUACGAAAGCCAGUCGAGAUUACGGUGCGGUGGAGUAA